AUGACCAAGAAGGGACAAGGAAGGGAAAAGGGGCGCGACGGCAAGGAACGGGAAGGAACGAGCGAAGAGACAGAAACGGAAGCCGCAGCGCAGAAAGAGGGCGGGGAAGGAAGGGGGCAGGGCAAACCGGGGGAGGGGAGGGCAAGGGGAAAGAAGGCGGAGCGGGCGCAGACCAAGAAAGAGAGCGGAGGGGAGAGGAAAGCGGCGAAGAAAAAACCAAAAGAACGAGGGAGAGGAAGCAGGAAGGGGCGAAAGGAAAGAGGGAGGGGAGACAGAGGGGGCGAAAGCAGGGACCGAAGGGGCGAGGGGCAAAAAAGAGGAAGAGACGGAAAAAGACCAAGGGAAAAAAGAAGGGGAAGGGAAAGGGGGGAGGAAGCGAGAGAGACACGGGGGAGAACAAAGAGAAAGGCAGAGGCAGAGAAAACGAAAGGGAGGCAGCAGCGGGAACAGCGAGCCAGCCCGCCAGGCCAAGCAACAGAGGCGGGGAGGAACGCGGGAGGAAACGAAGAGAACGGGGGGGCGAACGGCAGGCAAAAGGCAAAAACGAAAGGGGGGAAAAGCAGGGCGGCGAGGGGGGGAGGGAAGCGAGGGGCGAGGGGCGAAGGAACGGGGGCCGGAAGAAAAGAAAAAGCAAGGGGGCGGGGGACGGGCAGGGAACGCAGGAGAGGCAGGAAGAGGGGCCGGCACAAAAGAGCGGGAAGGAGCGAGAAGAAGAAAAAGGGAGCACACAAGCGGCCAACGAGAGGCGAAAACGAGGAAGGGCGAGGCGCGGGCGAGGGCGCGGGACAGAGGAAAAAGCCCCAGCCGGGGAGCGAGGAGCGAGAGCGAGAAAGAACCGGGGGAGCGCAAGCCAAGACAACAAGGAAGCAAAACGAGGGAGGCGAAGGAG